AUGGUGUUUUUUAUGUCGUAUCCGCCGACAAGACGGCAGUUAGUGGUGUCUGUGGGUUUUUUCGCGGCGGGCGUUUCUCUCUUCGUCGCUGGUGCGUAUCUCUCACUUGCCAACAUCGCACCGCAACAAGAUCGCGUCAAGGCUCGGAAUGAUUUCGUCAAGGAUCGACUCAGGAAAUGGCUCGACGAUUAGAGCUCAAUAAUAUUAUUAUUAGUCUGUUAUUACUGGGGUCUUAGAGAGGGGUGUAGGCGAACUGAUUAUCUCAAAUGUUCAGUUCGUGUAAAAUUCAUGCUCUUACAUGUUUGGAUCAUUACCAGUUCAUUCAAAAUUCAUGUUUUACGUCACUUACAGAUAUGAGAAUCACUCUUUGACAAAA